UGCAGUUGCCCUUAUUACUGUUGCUAGGAGGUUAAAUUGGACCAUGUAUGUAUAUAAUGUGGGACUGCUGAAACGGGUAUAUUUGUGGCUAACUGACAUGCUGCAUUGCAGUUAAGUACCUGCAGUAAAUCUGCAUCAAAUGCUUCCCAGGCAUUGACAAAGCUUCUGCUUUCUGGACGGUGUACUGACAUCCUAAGCUUUAGGUGGAGGCAGAUAGUAUUACAUUGCUGGAAAGACUAUAGGCAUAUCUGCUGAAAAACUAUAGAUCGCUCUCUUCGUUGAUUAAUUAUCCUGCACCAACUAAACUUUGAAUACCCUGUAUUUUGGAAAUCUUAAACCUGCAAUACCUGGAAACUGAAAUACAAAAUUACAAUUUUUUUUUUUUCUUUUAAUUUUUCUGGAGAACAAAAAAAGAAGGGGAAAAAAUAGGGUAUCUUGGAACAUUCAAAAUGACUUCAGAGCUAGAGAGCAGCCUCACUUCUAUGGACUGGCUCCCAAAGAUCACAGUGAGAGCCGACAUUCAAAGUUCUGAUUGCAGCCAACAUGGCCAUGGAACAGGAAUCCCAAAGAAGAAUUCGCUGCUCGACCCAAACACAACACUGGACCAGGAAGAAGUACAGCAGCACAAAGAUGGGAAACCUCCAUAUAGCUACGCUAGCCUCAUUACAUUUGCAAUCAAUAGUUCGCCAAAAAGGAAAAUGACUUUAAGUGAGAUUUACCAGUGGAUCUGUGAUAAUUUUCCAUACUACAAGGAGGCUGGAAGUGGCUGGAAGAAUUCUAUACGACACAACUUGUCCCUGAAUAAGUGCUUUCUGAAAGUGCCUCGAUCCAAGGACGACCCUGGAAAGGGGUCUUAUUGGGCAAUAGACACAAAUCCAAAGGAGGAUGCAGCACAAGCACGGCCAAGGAAAAGGCCGCGAUCAGAAGAGCGAGCCUCAACCCCGUACAGCAUAGAUUCUGAUUCCUUGGGAAUGGAUUGUAUUAUCCCUGGAAGUGCCUCUCCGAACCUGGCUAUCAACACUGUGACUAAUAAAGUAACCUUAUACAACACAGAUCAGGAUGGCAAUGAUAGUCCUCGAAGUAGCCUUAACAACAGUCUUUCUGAUCAGAGUGUGUCCUCCUUAAACUUGAAUAAUGUUGGCAGUGUACAUAGCUAUACAUCAGUAACAAGCCAUCCGGAGCCAUCUGCUCAAACAUUAACACAACAAUCACCCUAUAGUGCGCCGGAGAGAGACAAACUCUUCACUGAAUACAAUUUUGAAGAUCUCAGUGACUCAUUUAGAAGCCUGUAUAAGUCUGUUUUUAAACACUCUGUAAGCCAAGGUUUGAUGAACCUGCCUUCAGAGUCCUCCCAGCAGACACAUUCUCCUUGCUCCUAUCAGCACUCCCCUAGCAGCACAAUGAGUUCUCAGCAGCAUAGUAGCCAAAAUAACCUAACAAAUAACCAUUCAAGUAACAUUGGCACAAGUGUAGGCGACUCCAUUGGACAAGUUCACUUAUCUCACACUCAGUCACAACAUUCACCCCACAUACACCACAAUGUAGUGCAUCAUCAGCAUCCUCAACAUUGUACUCAGCACACAUCUCACUGUCAUCAACAAAGUCCUCAUCAGCCUCAACAUCCUCAGCAGCAUGCCCAGCACCCUGCCCAACAUCAGCACAUACAGCAUCAUCCCAACCAUCAGCAUCAAUCUCUAGCACAUCAGACAUCUCUAACACAGCAACAAAUACCCUGCAGUAAUGAUGCAGGAGAUACCUUGGACACGAGAACAAGAUGGUGGCACGACACCCUCAAACAGUAUUCUGGGCUGAUGGCUUUUUUGAAGAAGAGGAGCACCAGUUUGGGGGUAGCAGAUUGGCUCUCCAGUUUAGACAUGCUGAAGGAAAGCUGCCGUAUUGCUAGCAGUGCCAACUGGUCUGAUGUGGACCUCUCUCAGUUCCAAGGUUUAAUGGAAAGCAUGAGGCAAGCAGAUCUGAAGAAUUGGUCCCUAGAUCAAGUUCAGUUUGCAGACUUGUGCUCUUCUCUCAAUAAAUUCUUUACCCAGACUGGCUUCAUCCAUUCACAGAGCAAUGUGCCAUCCCCAGUUUGCCACAGUAACUUGCACUCCACAAAGCCUGCACAGCACCUCGGAACAGGCAAUUUAUAUAUGGAUUCUAGGCAAAAUCUUCCUACAUCAAUGAUGGGACCUCCAAGUUACCCACUUCUACCAACGCCAAUGAGCACUACAGGGUCACAUAUGUCAGGACACCAUGGAGUAAUGAACCAGCAUAUGAUGCCAUCAACAAACUUCCACAUGCGCCGGGCUCUUCCUGCAGAUGACAUUCAAGAUGACUUUGACUGGGACUCUAUUGUAUAGCACUAUUAAACUGGUUUACUGUCUCGUGUCCCUUGCUAUUCAUAUAAGUGACCAUGAAUGUGAUGACAAAAGGUAGAAAAAUCCAAAUAACGAAAGCUAAACUGCUAUCAAUGUUGACUUUGAUGACAAUCAAAACUAUACUUAGCAGGAUAAAUGAAAUGAAUGGUUUGAGUUAACUCCGUUAAAAAAAGAAAAAACACCCCGUUUGUUCCCCUGGUAAGCUGCCGUCGCUCAUUAUCGUUAUGUGAUUUAGACUGCUUGUUUGGCUAUGUGUUUACUAAUGUCAGCCGCAAGAUCUGAAAUCUGGAUUGAUUCUCACUCCUUUAGGAAUAUCGGUUAACAUUUCACACCUACCGUAGUGCCAGACCAUGGAAACAACUGCUGCACAUCAGCCUGUAGAACGGAUCCCUUCAUUUUGUUAUUUAUAUAUGUUUCUCUGUUGCUGUUCAUUCGUGAGGAGGGAAACUUUCUUUCUACUUUCACUGCCAUUUAGAAGGGCAACUAAUGAACUUAACUAGAAUGUGUUGUACCUUCAGCGGCCACUGUGCAAUGCAGCCGUUUGCCCACAUGCCCCCUUUUUUUAUGUUCAAGAGGCUUUCAUUUAAGUGAUGGCUUAUAUAUAAGCUCAUCAAGCACUGACUGCUGCUUUCUUGCAGCAAAAUUAGCUUUUUAGAAAAGGAGAUACACACACACACGGACACACAUACACACACACACACCCCCCCCCCCCCCCCUUUGUCUAUCCUCCAUUUAGGCUCUGAAACUUUGAAUUGGACAAUGGCAUAUUAAUGGAACUGGACAUACCUCAUUGCUUUUUGUGCCAGCCAGCAGAAGCAUCCAUGUUGCUUGUGUCCAGUUAGGAAAUCUUUCUUGGCAGCAAUGGUACAGCUCAGAGUACACUAUAUUGCCAAAAGCAUUCGGAACAUCUCAUUCCAAGAGCAAGGCUAUUAAUAUGAUGUUGGUCCUCCCAACAGCCUCUACUAAUCUGACCGCAAUGAGUUUAGAGAAGUUGGGCACUGAUUUUGGUUUCUGGUCUGACGCAUGUUCCCUGGAAUGAUGAAUGGCUCGUGUAAUACUGACUAAAUUUGGUGGCAAAGGAAUUUGAACACAGUCAUUUCCCAUAGUCAUCCAGUUCGGUUUCAUCUUCAAAACAAUUUUGUAUGGUCCGUGCUUUGUGCAUGGGGGCACAUCCGACUGAAAGGGGCAAGAACUUUCCCCAAACUGUUGAUAUAAAGUAUGAAGACUAUUAUUAAGAAAGUUACAGAACGCUAUAGCCUUAAAGGGGUGGUUCAUGUUAAAUAACUUUAACUUUGUUAUAGAAUGGCUAUAGAAUUAUAGAAUUUUUCAAUUCAUGUUAUUUUUUUUUUUAAUAGUUUUUAUAUUAUUUGCCUUCUUCUUUUGACUCUUUUGAGCUUUCAAACGGGGCCCAUUGACUCUGAAAGGAUACAAAUGUAUAGUUAUUCCUACUUUUAAUUGCUCAUACGUGCCCUCUCCUAUUCAGAUUCCAGUCUGUUAUUCAAAUCGGUGCAUGGUUUCUAGGGUAACUUGGACUCUAGCAACCAGAUUGCUGGCAUUGCAAACUGGAGAGCUGCUGAAUAAAAAGCUAAAUAACUAAAAAACCACAAAUAAAAACCAGUUGCAAAUUUCUCAAAAUAUCACCCUGUGUAUCAUGCUAAACGUUCAUUUAAAGGCCCCUUUAAAGAUUGUUUUCAGUGGAGCCGGAGGUCCAGGAAAGACUGCCCCAGACCAUUCUUCCUCUUCUACCAAACAUAAACGAUGUAACGCAAUCAGACUGGAAGUGUCAUUCAUGUCUUUAGGGGUUGUGUUUCCAUGCCUCGGGGUCAAGUAGUUGCAUUCAUACAAUGUCAGUUGUGAUCUGGGGAUGUUAGACUUGGGUGCAGCUGCUCAUAGGGAAACCCAUGCUCCCAACAAUUAGGUCUUGUCAUUACAAGACCUAAUUUUUGGGAGCAUGGGUUUCUCUAUGAGCAGAGGAAAUGCCAAGUGAUGUCCGGAUACUUUGGGCUAUACAGUGUACUUCUGAGCACUUGCUGGUGCACUUUUGCUGCUAACUAUAGACAUCUUCCUAUACUAAUGUACGAGGCAUAAUUCCAAAUAUGCAGAGAAGGCAUAUCUGUGCCUUUAUUAAGGUAUACCCUCCGUCAUUACUGCCCGAUUAGGAGACACUAAAUGAAAGAGAAUGUUUUCUUUAAUUUAUCCACAACUUUUGUUCAGAAGAACAGUACCCGUGCCCUAGUGCUCCAGCUGCAUUUUCUCUUUAAUGUAUAUUAUUCUUUCUAAGGUCACUGAGAGUAAAUAUGUUGUGUAAUGUAUUUAUUAGGUACAUGGGGAAAGUCCUCUGCUGGUUUGUUUCCGCUGCCGGAGAAGCACCCAAAUAUGGCCGUGCAGCUUAUUUACUUGUAGGGAAUGUAAGCAUUUACAGGAGGCUUAUUCACAUUUGGGCCUGUCAGGACACAAGUAACAGACAUAUUUCAAUCAACUAAAUGAAACUCUGCAGGGUCACACUCUGGGCAGAGACUUCACCCCUUGCACCAUGGGCCUUAGACACACUCACAAAAGGAGAACAUUACCCUACAAAGCUCUCUGGUGAAUUUAUAAAAAUAGCUUUUUUUGUUGUUGUUGUUGAUGAUGUUUACAAAAAUAUACACUUUUGCCCUUAGUACAGAUGAAUGCAUUUGUUGCUGAAAUUCUUUUUUUUUUUUUUUUUUUUUUUUUUUUUUUUUGAGGCAAUGACAGCAAAUGUAGUCUUGAUGUUUGAAAACAUGUUAUGAUAUGAGAACAAUGUGUCUGAUGUAAGUGUAAUAGUAAAAUUUGUUGUAUUGA